GGGGGGGGGGCAGGGUUUUCAGUUUCAGCCAACACAUGGCUGUCUUGCAAUGUUAAUAGGACUGUUUACUGCAGCUAUUCACCUAUGACGUGGACGGAUCUUCAAUAACAGUCUGGUUUAGGCCUAUACUCUGGUUAUUGCUCAUUAUGUAUCUCCCGUGGGUUCCAGUCUAAAAAUAUCUGUUCUCAAUGUUUCUAUUUUUUUUCCUUUCUUUGUUACGUUUUUAGAGACUACCACGAACCGAGCUGCGUUUCGUGCAGCAGAGUUCAAUCUACAUGAAUAAAUUAUGAUGCGUGCCCGUGAGAUAGGCUGGGAGGCACUGCAUCUGUCUAUGCACACAAAUGGUCUCUGUGCAGCUCGGUAUCCGCGUGCUGAUUACCAUUCCGAGCACAGCACCUCUGGGCAGAAAUGGAGCCGGGUCGGCGGUUGACAGUAGUCCGGGGGCAGGAGGAAGAGGAGGAGGGGGGCGCGUAUUAUGGCAGCAACCCUUCAAUCAAUCUGGAUUAAGUCCCACCGAGAUCCGCGUUCGGCCCGAGCGAAAAGCCCCGCGAAAAGCCACACGAACAUCUGGCCGGAUAGCGCGCGCGGGCACCGGGUACGCUCCCUGCGCCGCAGAUAUUAAACAAGCCCGUCGCCACGGAAAGGCGUUUUCUCUCCGGGAGGCGCACGUAGAGGCGGAUGCGCAGCAGAGGCGAGUCCCGCUGCCACACAGCUGCACCCUUCGCAUCCACACCGGGACCCCUUCGGGUUGCGUUUUCCAGUAUUCUGGAAUUCUUUUUUUUUUUUUUUUUUUUUUUUUUUUUACGAAAGUGGGGAGUUACAUAUCUCCGGUGUGAGUGGAUCAGGAGGAGAGGACUCGUCCUUUUUACGUGCCGGUCAUGGAUUAGUUGAAGGGCAUCGCUGAUUUGGCAGGCCGUCGCGUUGUGUUGUAGCCGCCGAGGCGCGUGAUCCGCGGGACACCUGAAUUAUCUCCCGCCGGGGCACCCGGUCGGUCCCAUUUUAGGUCGAGCCGCGGCGUCAGGAUGCCCUCAGCCCUCCCGGGAGGAAAUACGCUCAAACACACCCUCCUCCCGCUCCUCUGACUCGGCUUGAUGUUUCAUCUGCAAGAGUGAAUAAAUAUCACGUAUUCAGCGCCAUUCGAGUCGGAAGUAGCGGGUCCUCCGCGCCUCAUUGCACAUGCGGAGGCCAUUGAGAGUCGGGGCAGAAGCUGGAUGGAGCAUCGGCAGGAACGUGCAACCUCAGCUCGCACACGCUAGUGUCCACUCAGGUGUGUUGACCUGACUGAGAAGCCCAAUGGAGUGCCUCCUGGUUUACCUGAUAGUCUUCGGCGUGGCUGCGAAGGCCCACAAAGUCCAGGUCUGCCCCAAGCGCUGCGUCUGCCAGGUGCUGAACCCCAACCUGGCGACUCUGUGCGACAAAAAGGGGCUUCUCUUUGUGCCCCCCAACAUCGACAGGCACACGGUGGAGAUGCGUCUCGGGGAUAACUUCGUCACCAGCAUCAAGCGCAAAGACUUCUCCAACAUGACCAAGCUGGUGGACCUGACGCUCUCCCGGAACACCAUCGGCUCCAUCGCGCCGCUCGCUUUCAAAGACCUGGAGAACCUCAGGGCGCUUCACCUGGACAGCAACCGGCUGGCGCGCAUCAUCAACGACACCUUCAGCGGCAUGUCCAAGCUGCACCACCUCAACCUCAACAACAACCAGCUCACGCACAUCCAGAUCGGGGCUUUCAACGACCUGACGGCGCUGGAAGAGCUGGACCUAUCCUACAACAACUUGGAAAGCGCGCCGUGGGUGGCCAUCCAGAGGAUGUCCAACCUCCACACCCUCAACCUGGACCACAACAUGCUCAGCUACAUCCCCGAGGGCACCUUCUCCGGACUGCAGAAGCUCAAGCGGCUGGACGUGACUUCCAACAAGCUGCAGAAGCUUCCCCCCGACCCGAUUUUCCAAAGGGCCGGGGUCCUGGCCACCUCGGGCAUAAUGGGUCCGACGUCGUUCGCGCUGAGCUUCGGGGGAAACCCGCUGAGGUGCAACUGCGAGCUGCUGUGGCUGCGCAGGCUGCGGCGGGAGGACGAUCUGGAGACCUGCGCCUCGCCGCAGCACCUGGCCGGGCGUUACUUCUGGACGGUUUUCGAGGAGGAGUUUCUGUGCGAGCCUCCGCUCAUCACCAGGCACUCUCAGGAGCUGCAGGCUCUGGAGGGUCAGAGUGUGACUCUGCGCUGUAAGGCCAGGGGCGACCCCGACCCCAUUAUCCACUGGAUCGCGCCUGAUGGACGCCUCAUGUCCAACUCCUCCAGGGCCGCCGUCCACACAGACGGCACGCUGGACAUCCUCAUCAGCACCGUCAAGGACUCUGGCUCCUUCACCUGCGUGGCCUCCAACCCGGCCGGCGAGGCGCAGCAGACGGUGGACCUGGUCAUCGCCAAACUGCCGCACAUCACCAACAGCACCGUCGCGGAGCAGGAGCCCGACCCCGGGUCGUCCGACAUCGCCACGGUGACCAAGACGGGCGCGGACGGCGGAGGGUUGCCCCUGGGGAACGCGAAGACCGGCCCGGAGAAGAAGGUGGUGAUUGCCGAGGCCACGUCCACCUCGGCCCUGGUGCAGUUCAACUUCCAGAGGAGCAUCCCUGGAAUACGCAUGUUUCAGAUCCAGUACAACGGCAGCUACGACGAUUCGCUGGUUUACAGAAUGAUACCCCCGACCAGUAAGAGCAUCCUGGUGAACAACCUGGCGGCCGGUACGCGGUACGACCUGUGCGUGCUGGCCAUCUACGAUGACCAGGUGACCUCGCUGACCGCCACCAGGGUGAUAGGCUGCAGCCACUUCACCACCGAGCCGCAGUACCUGCGUUGCCAUUUCAUGCAGUCCCAGUUCCUCGGCGGCACCAUUGUGGUCAUCAUCGGAGGGAUCAUCGUGGCCUCGGUGCUCGCCUUCAUCAUCUUCCUCAUUGUUCGCUACCGUGUGUGUAACCAAGGAGACGCAGAUAAGGCGCUGGAGAUGGGGGACAUCCGCUCGCUGAGCAGCGACGGGCAGCUGCAGGGCUGCGGCGUCCCCAAGUCGCUCUCCAAGCAGGCCCUGCGUCCGGAGAGGAGUGAAAAGGAGCGCCUCAGAGUGGCCCCGCCGCCCCCGGAGCCGGCCAAGCAGCGCCUGCCGCCGCCGGCGGCCGCGGCGGGUGGCGGCAGCGGCGGCGGCAAGCCGUCCGUCCCCGACUGCACCGUCUCCACCUCGGCCGCCAGCCACAGCUGGCACCCGGCCUCCCCCGGCGCCCCGAGGCCCAAGCGCUCCGUCGCCGCGCCCAAAACCCCCGAGGCCCGCCGGGCCGAAGCUCAGGCGGACGUCGAGCUCGACGGCGCCAACCGGAAUAUCUCGUCGGCCGAGGUAAAAAUGGCCGCCGCCCGCGGCCCCGCCGUCGCUCUGGCGGCUGCCGGCCGGCACGCCAAGUGGACCGCUGUCCCCAGGGGCCCGCGGCCCCAGCCAGCCGCUCGCCAUUACAUGACUGUGCCCGCGGGGGCGGCAAGGGGGAACCGCCGGCACUCCCUCAACGCGGACUCACAGCUGGAGCGCUGCUACGUGGCGCGACCCCAGCCGGGGGGCGGCCUGCGCUCCAAGCGGAGCCUGUCGAUGAGCGGGGAGCUGCCGCAGCUGGGGGGCGCGGCGAGCGUUCGGCGGGCCAGGGACAAGCUCUCCAAGUCCGAGUGGCUUCUGGAGAGCACUUUGUGAUUCUGGGUUCAAGACCUGUAUGCCCUCGUUUCCUUGGGUUGGAUUUGUGACCCGUCGAGGACACGCUGGGACUUUUAUGCCUUGUUCUGAUCUUAUUGAGGAACCUGCAAGAUUUUCUAAUGUAUAUAUAUAUAUAUACAUAUAGAUCUUUGAUCUAUAGCUGUAUCUAUAUCUAUAUAUAUAGAUAUAUUUACGGGGCAGAGGCAGGCCUGCAGUGUUAUGUGGAACGUUUCACAUUUGUUUUUUUUUUACCUUAUAACCAAUCAAAGUUGUCUUUAUAACGACUUUUGAUCAAAUUUUGACAAAAGUCACAACGAUGUAUUAAACGACGUGAUGUACAAAAAUGUUUAGUUGUGUGAGAUGCUGUAUUAUCUCAGUGCAACCUGUGUUCAUGUGGUAUUGGAAUACAGUGACAUGCUGUAUCCUAACAAAGAGAGAAACGCAGACUUUGAAAGCGAGUCCUUGUCUCCGGCUCCACGGGCCGACGAUGACGUGUCUUAAUUACCUUCGGAGAGAUUACAAAUCUGAUCCACAUCACAGAGCUGCUGGAACAGAAUGUAGAAGGAAGACGGCGCCCCCCCACCCACCCACCCCCUCCUCCCCAAAGCACAAUGCAGUAUUUUAGUGGCACAAGUCGACUCAGCCUAAUACUGCCCCUCCGGUUUGAAUCAAUACAUCUUUAUCACAUAAUUACACAAAGACUCGACUCUGCCGGGAUUCCUGUCGUGACCGAUUGAACCGGCACAAGGUGUUGCGUCAAGAAUGUUCCGUCACCGUAUUUUUUACUCACUGGCGUAACCGCUGCAAAAUGGAACCUGUCGGCGCGAGAGAAGCCGCGAUCACAAGUACGGGAGGACGUCAGCUCAUGACUUUUGCUGUUGUUUCUGUUUGAUGUUUACCAGUAUAAAUAAACCAGUGACAAAAGGGACAAACUCAGACUU